UGACCCAGUUACUCCAAUCUAUCAAGAGAUUAGACAAGAAACAGUGUACGUAUAGAAUUUUAAUAAAAGAAAUGGCAUACAAACACCCAGACCAUUUUGAGUUUGAAGCCCAUAUAUUUUUUGAUGAUGCAUUUGUAUAUGAUGAAGAAAAUGACAUCACUUUCAUGAACAGUUAUGUGAAAAACAUGAUAAACUCUUUGAAAAGUGCUGCCAAUUAUAGUUACUAUCCUGAUAUAGUGAUGGCACUGAAAAAAAUUGAAACCCCAUAUGGUGGUCGACUUGAGUGGACCAUGCCUGGUGGGAAUCCAUUAAUUGUACAUCUAAAGGACACACGAAAAAUAAGACAGAAGAAACGGUGGAGUCAGGUUAUGUACAUGUAUUAUAUUCUUGGUUAUAAGUUCAUGAAUUCUUUGAAAAAUAAAUUUUAUAACAUGAGUAAAGAAGAUGAGAACAUGAUGGAAGCAAUGGGAGAUAAUACCUUCAUCUUGGCCUUAGAUGGUGACACUUGUUUCCAGCCACCUGCAGUUUCCAUCCUAGUUGACCUGAUGAGGAGAAACAACAACCUUGGUGCAGCAUGCGGACGAAUUCAUCCAACUGGUUCAGGAUUUAUGGUUUGGUAUCAGAAAUUUGAGUAUGCCAUUGGUCAUUGGCUUCAGAAAGCUACAGAGCAUGUGAUUGGCUGUGUUCUUUGUAGUCCAGGAUGUUUUUCACUGUUUCGUGCAAAAGCUUUGUUGCAAGAUAAUGUUUUGAAGACAUAUACAACGAAAUCUGAAGAGCCUCUCCACUAUGUACAAUAUGACCAAGGAGAGGAUCGAUGGCUGUGUACCCUUCUUCUUCAGCAAGGCUAUAAGGUUGAGUACAGUGCUGCAUCAGAUGCCUACACACACUGUCCAGAGUCGUUCAAGGAAUUCUACACACAGAGGCGUCGCUGGGCACCAUCAACCUUGGCAAACAUAUUGCAACUACUAAGCAAUUAUAAAAAAACUGUGGCUCUUAAUGGUAACAUUUCUUAUCUGUACAUCAUGUAUCAAAGUUUACUUAUGAUUGGUACAGUCCUGGGUCCUGGGACUAUCUUUCUGAUGCUGCUUGGUGCUAUGGUAGCUGCCUUACAAAUUGACAACUGGACAUCUUUGUGGAUCAACAUUAUCCCCAUAAUUUUCUUCACACUUAUCUGCUUUCUGGCCAAGAAUGAUACACAGGUUCUUGUGGCUCAGAUUCUGAGUGGAGUAUAUUCAUUGCUCAUGAUGACUGUGCUGGUGGGUACUGCCAUACAAAUGAAAGAAGACGGCAUUGGCUCACCUUCUGCAAUCUUUCUGAUAGCGCUGACAUUAAGUUUUGUGAUAGCAGCUCUUAUUCACCCCCAAGAAAUCAGUUGUGUAUUUUAUGGUAUCUUGUAUUUCAUUUGUAUCCCAUCCAUGUACCUCCUGCUGACUGUAUAUUUUCUUAUCAAUCUGAAUAAUGUUAACUGGGGUACUCGUGACGACCAGUCCAGCAAAGCAGAGCAAGAAAAAACCAAGGAGAAAACUCAUUCGCUAUGUGGUAAAAGAACUGAGAACGAAGAAGAUGGAGGAAUAAUGUGUGGUCUUGCUAAUGUUUUUAAAUGCAUGCUUUGUACAUAUCCAAAAACAAAUGAGCAAAAUGCAGAACUUCUUAAGAUUAAUGAGAAACUAGAAACAUUGAUGAGGAAGAUGGAAGCAGAAAGAGGUACAGCUUUUCAACGGCGAUCCUCUGUUACUUUUCAAUCCAACAAAACUGUUAAGUCUUUGUCACCAAUCACAGAAGAGGCAGUAAGUGAACCAGAAAGUAUAAACAAUGAUAAUAUCUCAGACAGAGAUGAAAAUCCAAAAUCUACCUGGAUUGAAGACACAAUUUUGAAAGAGGGAAAAUUAUUCAAACUUUCUGAUAAAGAAUCGUCAUUCUUUCGAGAACUGAUUGAUACAUACUUAUUUCCUCUUUCUAAAGACGAGAAAAAAGAACAAGAAGUGGCUAGUGGAUUAAUAAUGCUAAGAAACAAAGUUGCAUUUGUUUUCUUAAUGUCCAAUGCUCUGUUCAUUCUGAUUGUGUUCCUGCUACAACUGAACAAAGAACGGUUGCACUUGAAGUGGCCAUUGGGUGUCAAGAGUAACAUUACCUACAUUUCAAGCACCUGGGAAGUGAAGGUUAAUCGAGAAUACUUAGAGUUGGAACCAAUAGGAAUCGUAUUUGCCUCAUUUUUUGCCACAAUAUUGAUUAUCCAGUUUGUUGCUAUGUUGAUCCACAGAUUUGAAACCUUCUCUUUGUUAAUGUCUUCAGUUAAACUGAAAUGUUGUGAACAAGACAAAAAUCUUCCCCAUAGUGACAGCUUGGCAGGUAUUGCUACACAUUUCCAACGACUAGAUAGUUUAGAAGAAUGUAACGAAACUGGGGAAAAACAAACGCUGGCAACAAGGCGAAAAACUAUUCAUUAUUUACAUUCAAUGCAAGAAAAGAAACAAGAAUCAAAAUUUUCAGCUGAACCUGUUAUGCUAGAAGACAUCUUUAAAAGACGCUAUUCUAGAGUGGAUCUGCUUGAUUCAGAUGAUCCUAUUAUAAAGAGCUUGCCACAGAAAUACAGACGCAGAGCCACUCUCAGCCAGUUAAACAUUCGUAGACAGUCCUUACUUCUGAGAAGUACAUCAAACACUGAUGUGAUUGGAAUACAUAAUAUUGCUUUUCAAAAUGACUCUGAUGAAGAAGACAGUAUUGAAGGAAGGUCUGAUGGUGAAGACAGUGUUUAAAGAAAUGCUAAUGAUGAACAUAGUGUUUAGGAGAGGUCUGAUCAUACAGACAGUGACUACGAUGAAGACAAACAUUACCUACUACUAGCC